GGGGAAACUAUAUGCCAAGCUGCUACGGUACUUCGAUCUAUUCACUGUGUCACAUGAGGGAACCCAUUCAAGACAUGCCAAAAGAGACCCUUCUUGAGCUGGCUGAAAAGUCUCCAAAAGACGAUACAGCAACCACUGAAAAGCCUCUUGACAUUCCUAAAGAGCUUUGGAUGAUGGUGGAUCAUUUAUUCCGCAAUGCUCUCAAUCAGGAGGAUUUAUUUCAGCAACCUGGACUUCGGACUGAAUUUGCUGAAAUAAGAGAUUGUCUUGAUUCAGGGAUGCCAGAUUCUCUUCCGGGUAGCAACCAUUCAGUGGCGGAAGCCCUUCUUCUCUUCUUAGAUGCCCUCCCAGAGCCUGUGAUUCCCUACGCUUUUUACCAGCAGUGCCUUGAAUGCUGCGCCAAUGCAGGCCAGUGUGAGAAAGUUAUUUCCAUGCUACCUCUGUGCCAUAAAAAUGUGUUCAACUAUUUAGCAGCCUUUCUCCGCGAGCUCUUAAAGAACUCCGCAAGCAAUCGAUUAGAUGUUGCCAUUUUAGCCACCAUUUUUGCCUCGUUGCUCCUGAGGUCGUCGAAGAAGCAGGAUUUUGCCGAAAAGACGAAAACACAGGAGUUCUUUCAGCAUUUCCUGACCCAACAUUCCUCCUAGACGCUGAUCUAGUUUGCUGAAGCGGAACACUAAAAGAAAAAAGUCCAGUAUUUGAAAUUAACUGUAAUGAUUUAUUUUUUAGCACAUUUGUGUAUAGCAAAGUAGUGUAUUUACAUUAAAGAGAUAACGAUUUUAAUUUGAACACAUUUUGUGAUCCAAUUAUCACUGAUUAUUGUAGAUCUGUAGAAGUCUAAAAGUUUUAAAUGUAUAUUUUAUUU